AUGGCUAUGUCCCAUGUCCGAGCGUCCUGUGACAUCGAGCGACCAGGGCACAGAUGCGACCUGUGUCCCGCCUGCAAGCAUCUUGCCAGCUCAAACAAGUCGUUUACGCAACGCAGAUGUUUGCUGAUGUCGUCUUGGGCGGUUGGGCGGAGUGUGUGGGCGGCUGGGCGGAGUUUGUGGGCAGCUAAGCAGAGUGCAGGGACCAAAGGGCCUGGUGUGUGGGCGGCAGGGUGGCCUGUGUGUGCACCAGGGAGCCGACGUGCCAGUAAUGACGUCACCAGCUUCAGGGAGACAAAGACCUUGAGGAUGUACAACGGCCAGAAGGUGUCACCGGGGUUGUUCAGCCAAAAGGAAGUUGAGGGGAGGAUCACCAGGCUGAGGCAGCACAUGGAGGGGGAGGGAUUAGCCGCCUGCCUCUUCACCUCUAUUCAUAACAUCACCUACUACACAGGAGGCUUCGUGUACUGUGCCUUCGGCAGACCAUACGGGUUGCUAGUGACCCCUGAGAAGCACGUCACCAUUUCUGCCCUCGUCGAUGGUGGCCAACCAUGGCGACGGUCACCACAUGAUAACAUCGUGUACACGGAUUGGCAGCGAAAACUACUUCAGAGCAGUGGUGGAGGAGUUGGGUGA